GUACAGUAUACAUUAAGAAUAAACAACAUUAAUAUCAAGAAACAAAACAUUAUAAUGAACAUUAGGAAUACAUAUUCUUUUUUAAUGUACCCCCAAACCGAAUGUCUAACUAUGUGACUCAACAUCUGCUGACAGUAUGCUGAGGAUAUUCCCUGUCUAGUCACCGCGUUUGAGAGGCAAUAUGGCACUCCUAUGAUGCUGCUCGUGUGUGUGUCUGUGUAUGUGUACACGGUCACGGGGAAUCCGUGGGAGCGCAAACUCCGCCUCCGCCAUGAACAUCUCCAGCGGCGGGUGCGUGGGGGGUUUCGGGUUUGCCUCUCGCUCAGAGCUCGGGCUGCGGUGAUGGAUACAGUCAGUCAGCGCUACUAACCACCGGUUCUUGACCGUGUAACAGCACUGCAGUUCACAGGAUUUUCACGAGCGACCGCUGCACUGCAGGCAUUCACCAGGUGAAAAGGUUAACAAUGCACUCACAGACAGAGUCUCAAGGCUCUGCCACGGUUGCCAAAGGAUGAAUGUGUUCGAGUGAAGGAGAGACAGAUGACCUUUGUGUGGAUAUGAAGAUGAACUGAAGCAAUCCUUCAUUCUGACUGCAUUGAUAAAGCAUAAUUAUGGUUGUUUGGUGGCCGGUUGGAUUGGCUGAGUGUCCUUGAGCAUCCUUUGAGCAUUUUUUUUAAAUGGUCAUGGCGAAGAAAACCGAGUCCCUUAAUCUUUCCUUCCUCCUGGAGCAUGAAAGGCAGAUGAUCCUCAAUGUCCUCCAGAAAGACGAAAAGCUCCGCAAACGAGAGGAGAAACGCAUCAGAAAGUUGAAAAAUGAACUUCUGGAGCUGAAGCGAGCCGGGCGGCGUAGUUCGGCAGAUCAGCGUGAGUGUGCCAUAUGCCUGCGGGCACUGGGGCUUAUCCUGCAGAGGGGUAAUGUGUGCUCCAACUGUCAGAGGCGCAUCUGCAACUUCUGUACCGCUACGCCUACAGGCAGCAGCUGCAAAUGCACAGUGUGCGCAAAGACUGCGGAGCUGAAGGUGGUUACAGGAGAGUGGUUUCUGGAGGAGAGAUCCAAGCGGUUUCAAUCUGCCACUGUGCCCAGCUGUGAUGUAGUCAAACAGUCCAUCCUCAGCAGUCCUCCAGAUGGAGGCUCUGCUAACAGACCAUUAGAGAUGGAGAGAUCGUCCACGCCAAAGUCUGAAAGAUCGGUUACGCCUCAAUCCCAGAAAAGCACAGGGAAGAACAGAAAAGGGAAGAGAGCGGUUGCAGUGGAACCAUCAGGUUUACCAACUGUACCCAAUAAUAUGAGAGCACAAAUGGCUAAAACGCCAACCCAGACAGAGGCAAGAAACAGGCCUGAUGGGGCAGAGAGCGUGUCUAGUAUACAGAGCAGUGACAGCGUCCCUGAAAAGAUGGCGGAUGGGCGGAGACAAACAGAUUCCAGCACACCCUCCAUCGCCGUAUCCAGAGCCUCCCUCUCAUCAGAUCGCAGUCGCUCAGAGGUGGACCUUAGUAAUCCUGGUGAGGGAUUGAGUGAAGAUCCUCUGAUCAGCCGGUGUCGCUCAGUUCCUGGACUCAACGAUGGGGACUCGGAUGAGGACAUUGAUGCGGUGUUAUCAGCACACUACAAAACCAACCGGAGCGUCUGCAGUGCACAAUCAAUGUCUUCCACUCCUGCCUCGGAGAGAAAGUGGGGUUUCCUUAAUGUACCAGAUUCAGAUGCUGACACUACCAGCAUCAACAGUCUGAUGAGUGUGUACAGUGAGACGGGGGACUAUGGCAGUGUUCGGGUUUCGGGGGAGAUCCUGCUCAACAUCUCUUACAGCUAUAAAACAGGGGCUCUCAACGUGCUCGUCCGCGAGUGCCGCUGCCUAGCAACCGGAGAUGAGAGGAGACAGCGCACGGAUGCCUAUGUUAAAACCUAUCUGCUGCCAGACAAGUCCCGUCAAAGCAAGCGCAAAACCAGCAUCAAAAGCAACAGCACAAACCCAGUGUUCAAUGAGAACCUGAGGUACGUGGUCAGUCACUCUCAGCUGGAGACGCGGACGCUGCAGGUCUCAGUCUGGCAUCAUGAUCGUUUUGGACACAACAACUUCCUGGGGGAAACAGAGCUCACCUUUGACUCCUGGGAGUUUGACACGCAGAUAGAAGAAUGGUUUGCUCUGCAGCCUAGAAUUGAGUCUGAUUAUGUGGACUCAGUGAUGCACUAUAAAGGUGAACUGACGGUGGUUUUGAAGUACAUUCCUGCAGAGAGAAACGUCUCUCUGCCUCUGGACCAAGUACAAGUGAAAAAGGGAUUUCUUAAAGGAAAGAAGAAGACCAUCACUCUUCCUAAAGGAGGAAUGGUGGAGCUGCUGGUCAAAGAGGCAAAAAACCUGACAGCCGUCAAAGGAGGCUCUUCUGACCCAUUCGUCAAAGGAUAUCUGCUUCCGGAUGACAAGAAGAGCACAAAGCACAAGACGGCGGUGGUGAAGCGCAGUGUAAACCCACGCUGGAAUCACACGUUCACCUACUGCGGCCUGCAGCACAGUGAUCUGGACAGUGUGUGUCUGGAGCUAACCGUAUGGGACAGAGAGCCCUUCGCCAGCAAUGUCUUCCUCGGUGGAGUAAGGCUCGGCGCCGGGACAGGUCUGAGUUAUGGGAAGGAAGUGGACUGGAACGAUGCCUACGGGGAGGAGCAGCGGCUCUGGCAGCGCAUGAUUGACAACCCUGAGGUUCCUCAAGAGUGCACACUGAUGCUGAGAUCCAGCAUGGCCAGGAGGAAGACGGACUGACAGAAGAAAAGAGUAUCCCCGGCAAUACUCAUCAUUCAGCAUCUCAUCGCCUCUAGACACUUUUAAGUGCUCUUUACGUUCUUGAGCAGUACUCGGACAAACCAGAUUCUCAUUUCAACGGUACUCAUGCACUUCAAAUGAUCAAAACACAUCUGUGGAACAUAUUAAGGGCCUCUGAGGUCCUGUUUACACCUGGCAUUGAGAUCCAUCUGUUGGUCAACAAAAGGAGUUUUUCUACACACAGGAUUAUCACAUUUGUUAGUGGACUAGUAAGUGUGUAUUAAGCAUAAAAACAAGAUUACAUUUGUAAUGCAAGCACAAACAUAAAGUUUUAGGCAGCAUUCAUAAUUAUUUAUUUGUAUUAAAAUACAAAAUGAUGAUUCUGUCAUCAUUUAUUUACCCUCUAAAUGGGAUAGUUUACCCCAAAAUGAAAACUACCUCAUCAUUUACUUGACCUCAUGUGCUUUCAGACCUAAUUGAGUUUCUUUCUUUUGUUGGAUGCCAAAGAAGAUGUUUUGAAAAAUGCUUGUUGAGGAAACCCACUGACCUCUGUUGUAAGAAAUAUAUACUAUGGAGGUCAAUAAGUCCAAUCAACCAGGAUUAUUUAAAAAAGCUUCUUUUGUGUUCAACA